AUGGACGCUCCCAUCGUGUACUACAACCGUGCAGAAUACAUUGAAACGGAUACAGGCAACAAGGUUUCCCGCGCAUCCGUCAUUUGUGGUAGUCAAAACAUUAUCCUUGGAGGCAAGACUAUUAUACAAACCGAAUGUGUGAUUCGCGGUGAUCUUCGGCGGACGGGUGGUGGCCAUGCUGUUGUAGUUGCUAUUGGACGCUAUUGCCUUCUUUCCAAGGGAUCUAUUAUACGACCACCUUACAAGACUUACAAAGGCAUUUUCAGCUAUUAUCCUAUGAAGAUUGGUGAUCAUGUUACUAUUGGCGAGGGAAGCAUCAUUGAAGCUGCCACCAUCGGCUCGUAUGUGACCAUAGGAAAAAACUGCAUCAUUGGCCGGUUUGCCAUCAUCAAAGAUUGCUGUUGCAUUACCGACAAUACUGUGAUCCCGCCUAAUACUGUAGUGCCUUCAUUUUCGGUGUACUCUGGAUCACCAGGUACAUUUCAAGAUGAAUUACCAGAAUGCACUCAGGAAUUAUACGAAAAGAGGACAAAAGACUAUUAUGCAAAGUUUACAGCCAAAGAUUGA